AUGAGUACGACAGAUUCUGAGGGGGUUACAACCCUUGAUGAAUCGUCAGUCCCCCUCAUCAGGACCUUCUUGGACUCUCUUCGACAUGAAAAGUCGGUAGAUAUUGACGAGACCGCUAAGCUUUUGGAAACUUUAUCUCCAAAGAAACUCGAAUCAAAGGGUCUAGCCGUGACCAAUUUAAUUGUUGGAUCAAUGAGGACUGGGUUUGGUGGCAAGACUAUUUUGGAGCUUAUACCUGAUCCAGCUAUAUUCUCCCAGGAUAAUCAGCGAAUUGAUUCAGGUAGCAUUCGUAUUGGAGAUAAUGUUAAGAUUGAAUCGAGUGCCAAGGCAGCUUCAUCGAAAACAAAACUCAAGCAGGAUACAAAUACUCAAUUGGAUUAUAUUGAAGGUGUGGUGACAAAAGUUACAAAUAAAUUAAUAUCAGUUGCCGUAGAUGAAAAGCACGAGUCAUCUGCGGCAAGCUUGGAUGGCAGAGUAUGGAUUGCCCAAUUAUCAAAUCCUGCUACCUACAAAAGAAUGGAAUACGCUCUCAAAGAUCUGGACAAGAGUAUUAACUCUAACCCGUCACAUCUGGUAGAGGUUUUGCUCGGUAAUGCAGAGCCAAGGACGGCAUUAUUAACUUCAGAGCCAGACAUCAUUGACAAGAGUUUGAACCCACCUCAAGUUGAGGCUGUAAAGUUUUCCUUAGAUAAUGAACUUUCGGUGAUUCAUGGACCACCUGGUACAGGCAAAACAUAUACCCUUAUAGAGAUUAUUCGCCAACUUGUGGCCAAGGGCGAGAGAGUUUUGGUCUGUGGACCCUCAAACAUCUCUGUGGACAACAUUUUGGAAAGGCUCCAUGGCCACAUUAAAGGCGACAAGUUACUCAGAUUAGGACAUCCAGCUAGAUUGCUACAAUCAAACUUGAUACAUUCAGUCGAGAUAGUUUCCAAAAAUAGUGAUCGAGGGCAGAUUGUAAGAGACAUACGGGAAGAGAUCGAUCAAAACUUCAGGAAGAUUACAAAGACUCGUAAUGGUAAAGAAAAGAAAGCUAUUUACAGCGAAGUUAAGGAACUGCGAAGAGAAUAUAGAGUCCGUGAAAAAGCCGUAGUAAGCAAUCUGAUCCUUGAGGCACAAGUUAUUGUAUGUACACUGCAUGGGGCGGGUUCUAGGAGUGUACGCGAAGCUAUCAGGGCCAGUAACCCGGAUUUGUUUGACACUAUAAUCAUAGAUGAAGUCUCGCAGUCUUUGGAACCGCAGUGUUGGAUACCAAUCAUGAUGUGUCCUACUGCCAAGCGUUUAAUAGUUGCUGGAGAUAAUCAACAGUUGCCACCGACCGUCAAAACCAAAGAUGCAAGAAACAAAGAUAUUCUUGAAACGACAAUCUUCGAUAGGUUGGUUAAGCUAUAUGGCGAUAAGAUAAAGAAACUAUUAUCUAUUCAGUAUCGAAUGAAUACGCCAAUAAUGAGUUUCCCAUCGAUGCAGAUGUAUGGAAACAAAUUAGUCGCAGACAAGUCAGUUGCUGAUAGGCUCCUAUCUGGCCUACCAGAUUUGAAUGAAAGAAAUGAAAGUGCUGACCUUGACAUUUCUCUAUUAGAUUCAGCUGUCGUAUGGUUAGACACACAGGGCGGUGCAUUCAAUGAAUCAGUGCCCUCAGAUACCGACUCUGCCAAAAAGUCUGAUAUCAACCAGAGUAGACUCAAUACAAACGAGGCUUAUCUAACAAGAAACUACGUGGAGAAGUUAUUAGCAUUAGGAUUACGCCAAUCACACAUAGGUAUAAUCUCACCAUACAGUGCUCAAGUCACACUGCUCAAGUCACUUUUGUCGCCAACUUAUCCAGAUAUAGAAAUCUCAACUGUAGAUGGAUUUCAAGGCCGAGAAAAAGAAGCAAUUAUAAUGUCGUUAGUGAGAAGCAACGAACAGAAGGAAAUUGGGUUCCUGUCGGAAGAAAGAAGAACAAACGUUGCUAUAACUCGCCCGCGUAGACAUCUUUGUGUGAUUGGUGACAUGGAAACGAUUGCCGUUACGAGAUUCUUGAAAAAUUGGGUAAAUUGGGCAGAGGAUAAUGCCGACCUCGAAUACCCUGAUGUAAGCGAAUUGUAA